AUGAACCGGCACAAUAUACCUCGUCCAUCUGCAUAUCAGUACAAGAAAAUUGUCCAGAAGGCUGUGCACAGUUUGAAGUUCCGUCGCCGUAUGGUUUGUCAAAGUUACUGCAGGACUGGAUUUUGCUCUGCGCAGCAGUGCUCUUACUCUCAUGAUGAAAAUUAUCUACGUAUCUGCCCAAGGUUUUUACAACAAAGCUGUUCUCUGGGAAGCGAGUCUUGUCCACUUGCUCAUGUGUUAGAUCCGUGUAGACUGCCACAAUGUACUUACUAUGAAUCCGGAAAGUGUGGACGUCUUCACUGUCCUUAUUUGCAUGUCGCUUGUGUAUUAAGCGCCAUAUAUGGGUGCAAAAAGUCAUUUUUGAACAAGUCUGGUCAUCAGAAAUUAUCCAAAUUAACAACUGUUUCUAAAAACGCCUGUAGAACUUUAAUUACUAAACUAGAAGAUACUUGUGAUCAUAAUGAUUUUGGUCCUGUUGCUGCUCCAGCUGGUUCACUACGCAACGUAUAUCCUCCUCCGGAAUUCAUUCCUCUGAUCUCAGACAAUGACGAUUCCAUGACAGGUGGAGAUGCGGAUUGUUCCUGA